AUGCCGAAUGAAGCCGUGAGGCUCUUCCUCUUCGACUUCGACCAGACGUUAUCAGUGAUCCAUGUCUUCAAGUCCUUGGCCGGAUGGCCGAAACAGGUGUCUCUCCCCAAGCCCCACGCCAGCAGCGAGCCGGGCCAGGUGCUACGUGUGGAGGAGCUCAGCAGAGACGUCUUCAUACAGGAGGGCGGCUUUCCAGCCAUGGCCUUCGGUGGCCCGGAGCGUGUCCAGCAGAUGGCGAACCUGCUGCAGUCCUUGCAAGACGCCGGGGCGGAGCUGGUCAUUUGCACCAAGGGCUUCGUGGGCACGGCGCAGAUCUGUUUGGGUCGGCUGAAGCUUCUGCAGCACUUCAGCCAGGUCUAUGGCCACAUCGGCGAGACCUAUGGAGCCUCGGACUUCGACAAGGAGGCUGCCGUGAACUUCCCGCCGGGGCUGCAGAGCUUCCUGGGGGAGAAGCGACAGGCCGAGUGGUCCUCAAAGGACUCCUUGGCGAAGAGCCUGAUGCGCCAGAAAGGCCUCAAGAGCCACGAGGUGGUGCUGGUGGAGGACGACUACGAGGACUCGGACAUCUAUAUCGGUUUGAUAUAA